AUGUCAGACGAGGAGAUAUUAUAUAAGAUCAUUCUGGUUGGCGAGACUGCUGUUGGAAAGAGUUCUAUACUUGUUAGAUUCACAGACAACACGUUCACUCCACACUUUGCACCAACGUUGGGCGUUGACUUUAACGUAAAGACAAUUAGAAACAAGGAGACAGGACAGAUUGUGAAGCUGCAACUUUGGGACACGGCCGGACAGGAGCGAUUCAAGUCGAUCACUCAGACCUUCUAUCGUGGCUCACAUGGUGUCAUUGUCGUGUACGACACGACCGACCCCAAGUCAUUUGAGCGUUGCAGAUCGUGGAUAGAGGAGAUCAACCAAUACUCAAACGGUGGAAUGAUUAUGAUACUGGUGGGCAACAAGUCUGACCUGGUCACACAGCGCAAGGUGACCUUUGAGCAAGGCAAGGCUCUUGCCGACGAGUUGAGCAUCAAGUUCCUAGAGACCAGUGCCAAAGACAAUGUUGGUGUCAGUGCUGUGUUUGAUUCAAUCGUACAAGAUAUUGAAGUUGUUAUGAAGCACAACCAGGUUCACAACAAGAAGCUGCUGGAAGAUCCUUCGUCUCCAGCUCAACAGAAGAAGUGUCCAUGUGGCAACUAA